GGAAAGCCAUAAUGAAGACAGAGCCUGCAGACACUGUGAACCUUAUAGACUCUCACUUAUUUCUGCAGGUACCGGAAAAGCUUCAGCUAUAUCCUCCAGGCUUUUAGAAGCCGCUUAUUUUCAUGUUUUACUCCAUCAUAAGAGGCAGAAAAAUGGCUUUGGAAAUAUAUGAUGAGAAUUUUAUUUAAUUCUGAAGAAAUGUUGGAUCCAAACUUUUUGUUUUUUCAUUAAUAUUUUUUGAUAAUCUCAGGAACUCCCUGAGUCUUUUCUUUGUAUCCUUGUUUUUUUGGAGCAGCAUCUAUUCUUCUUUUGACUGUCUAAAACUGUCUUUAGAAAUGCUGACUGAACUGAACUGUGGAGGUGUGUCAGUGGGUUCAGAGGUCUGCGAUCUGACCCUCUUACCACCGGCACCCCCUGUGCCAUCCUUACCAGGAGCUGGAACGCUACCUGUUGGCGGCGGCCAAUGGACCCAGCUGCUGGACCUUCAUCCUGGCUCUCCCUACAGCUCCAUGAACUCCCACCACUCCCUCAUAAAGCAGGAGCCCAGCUGGGGGUCUGCCGACCUAACCGAGGACCCACACUGUGGUCUCGGGGCCUUUACCGUGCAUUUCUCCGGCCAGUUCACAGGUUCGGGCCCCUGUCGGGUGGGUGCCUUUGGGGAGACAGCCUCAAGUCAAAGAAUGUUUUCUGGUGGGGCUUACCUGCCUGGCUGUGUGGAGAGUCCGCCUCCAACCAGGAACCAGGGUUAUGGCACUGUCGGUUUAGACAGCAACCCCAGUUACGGUCACACACCCUCCCACUAUACUCCUCAGCUCUCCAGCCUGUCCUUCAAGCACGAAGACACGCUGUCACCGACGAACAGCAUAGUUGAGCAGCAGUAUCCUGCACCAAAUCCCAUGUUUGGUUGUCACAGUCCGUCAGAAUCUUGCCCAAGCAACCAAGCCCUACUGCUGAGAAACUACAACAGUGAUAAUUUGUACCAAAUGGCAUCUCAGCUGGAAUGCAUGACAUGGAACCAAAUGAACACCCUGGCAUCAAUGAAGAGCAACAGCCAUGCACUCAGCUGUGAGAGCGAACCUGCGCCCCCAGCGCCACCCAUGCUCGUCAGUGCCCAAUACCACAUUCAUACACAUGGUGUCUUCAAAGGACUUCAGGAUGUCAGGCGGUUGCCCAGUAUUGGUCCUUUAGCAGCAAAGUCCACAGAGGCAUGUGAGAAGCGGCCUUUUGUGUGUGCUCAUCCAGGCUGCAACAAGAGAUACUUCAAGCUUUCUCAUUUGCAGAUGCAUGGCCGAAAACAUACAGGGGAGAGGCCAUACCGGUGUGAUUUCACAGAAUGUGGCCGCAGAUUCUCUCGCUCAGACCAGUUAAAGAGACACCAACGCAGACACACAGGAGUGAAACCGUUUGAGUGUGAGACCUGUCAGAGAAAGUUCGCACGGUCAGACCACCUUAAGACGCACACUAGGACUCAUACAGGUAAAACAAGUGAGAAGCCCUUUACUUGCCGCUGGCCCAACUGUCAGAAGAAGUUUGCCCGCUCUGAUGAACUGGUGCGCCACCACAGCAUGCACCAGAGGAACCUGACCAAGCCACAACCCGCCAUCUGAGCAGUGACAGACUGGGGUGUAAUAUAAAGAAGCUGACAGUAUGUUGUUCCAGCUCGCGAAGAAACAUGCCUGAAGCCUGGUCAGCAGUUUACGGUGACCUGGCAGACUUGGUGAAGCGAUGAGCACAGCUGACGCCAGCAGCACUCAGAUAGAAGAUGCAUCAAGGAUAUUCCUUGAUGGUCAUAUUAUAUCAAUAGGAGAGAUUAUCUGAGCCGAGUCUUGUAUUUUUGCUGUAAAUGGCCGAUGAGGAAAAAAUUAUACACUAUUCUGUUUUCAUAUGCUUGCACUGUUUUUGUCAGACUUUGACAAUGUUAUGGACUCUCUUCCCCAGUUUUUGUCAACAUGUUUAUAUGCCUUAUUGUAGAUUUUUCUCACCAAAGUGCUUUGUAUAUAUUGUAUGUGGUGUUUUUUUUUUAUUCUGUAGAUCUGCUUUAGACCUUAUCUAUGUUUCAUAAAACUGAAUUCACAUAAGUGCUCUGUGUGAGUGUGUGUGAAUGACAGAGGAGCGAGUACUGUGAGGUUAAGAGGGGCCACCCUAUGAGAGGUGGCGGUGUGAGAUGGUGGUAAAAGCACGUGAAACGGUGGCCCUCUGUGACUCUGACAUGGUGCAGGUCUGACCCUCUUAAAUCUCCGACACACAUCUCUGUAACCAGGACCAUCUGCAGCCAAGUAAAUCUCAUUAGAGAGCAUACCUCCGUGUUUUCAUGCUGACUGCCCCCUUCUAUACAAGAUGAGCAGCCCACUCAGUACAGAUCUAUUUUAUUAAUAAGAGUAUGAUUGAAAAGUCAGGUUUUUUAGUAAUCCGGGUCAGUUAGGUAAACUUGUGCACAUUGAUGAAACACAAGGUCUUUAUUUCUUUUCAUUCUGAUCAGUAUGGUUUAGUGAAACCAUCUUUAGCUUGAAAUAAACAACAUUACCAUGAUAUACUACUAAUAUGUACUUAUGUGCACAUGCUCAUCGUAUUUAUCCAUAAUUAAUUUAUUUUUUACAUAUCUGAGCCACAUGGUGGCAGUGUCAGCCCACUCAGUCCAGCCCAUGGGAUUUGCCCCUUACUCUCUCAAAGACUUCAUAUUCUACACUUCUGCUCUGCUUAUGAUCUUAUCUGUAAUAACAAUUAAUACAUUUUGGAGAUAUCAGUAGGAGUAACAGGAGGGUCCAUUUAGAUUGUGCUCAUAACCAAACAUAUAUGAAAUGGAUGGAUGGUUGUUACCUUGUGUGCAAGAGAUAAGAUGAUUCACCCACUGGAGGUAUGUUAAUAAAACAUGACUGAUUGUGGGCAGAAGGAACGGCUGUCCAGCUGUCUGAGCAACAUUUGUCAUGUAACGAGAAAAACAAUGUAAACACCCACAUGCAAGCUGGGCGCCUUUAGAGCGGUGGUUUAAUAUCUUCUAUCCCUCAUUGCGUACAUCUGCAAUCGAGAGGCGUACCUUUGAUUAAAUAAUAAAAAGCUGCUGAAAAACAAAAUAGAAUCAACAAAGGAGACUAAAAUCUUGAACUUCCAUUUCUUACCCAACAAAAAUUGCAAUCAGGUCUGGUAAACUAACAUGCAAGACAAACAAAACUGUUUAUGUCAGUCUAUAGGUUCCAAAUGUGAUUCUAAAUAGAGAAUCACAAUAAAACCAGGAAUAGAUUAUGCCCAAAAUAAAAGCUGCAAAAUGUAUGAAAUUGCAUAGGUCACCAAGAUAUCAGCUUGUUUGGUUGAAAUUUUAAUGUACAGGAGACUGCUUGGAUGCACCCCCAAGUGCAGUGCAUCUUCUCUCCGCAUCCCAGUCAUUUAUUGGGGUGCAGAGAGCAGAUGGCCACACUUGAUUUAGAAAUUAGCAUGAAAAAUCACAAUCAAUAUGAAUCAAAAUGUUUGAGAAGCAGAAUCCAGGUACAUAUUUUCCUA